AUGGCCGUAUCAAAACUCCCGGACGCGGAAACAAUCAGCGCAAUCACCAAGCGAAGCAACUGGGCCAGCAGGAACCCCGGCGUGGUGCUGGUCUUCUGCAUCGUGUUCAUCGUCGGAUUCGGAAUCGUAUCGCUCUUCCUAUAUCGACAGUGGAUGGCAAGGAAGGCGAAGAAAGCAGCGGUGGAGGUCGAGCAGGUGUAA